ACCUGAUACAAACCAGACUUCCAGACACAUUAAAUAGUAUUUAAUUCAACGAAACUUGAAUUUCACGGGCAAGUUGCGACAAUAUUUCUACUCCAUUGCCCUUGUGAACUUAUCUUCGCAUGGAUCACCUACUUUGUGUUCGAUUCAUUCAAGAAAAAGAUUAUAAGAUAUAUCAACCGUGAUUUGAGGAAAUUUCUUAAAUAUUGUCUGGAACUUUUAAAAGUCUUUGACAGUCUUUACCUAUGUGCUAGUGGUUACGUCAUACCCUUCCACUCCCCCUAGAGUCGACUCGUCCUGAGAUCACACGUGCUCUCGAAAAUAAUAUUGCAGUUAACAUUUGACAGUUGGUGAUAGGGGUGCUACGCUAUAAGCAUGUACGAUUAGCACGGUGUUGUGAACAAAAUACCCCGUAAGACAGAUAUGUUUUGUGAUUAAAAAACCAUUUCACCAGCAGCUAUCUACUUUACCAACGGACACCAAAAGAUCCAAGAUUCGCAAAAAAUUAAGGAGGGGGAAAAACCUUUUGUUAUUUAUUUCCUUGGAUGAUUUAUAUUAGGAGCACCGUCACCAGCGGAGAAGCGGUCCAGCCUCUGGAUGGUUUUUAAUUCAGUCUGACUUUUGUUGGGAUCCUUUUGUUUUUUUUUUAUUUUACCAUGUGGUAUGGGAAUAUAUUGGGGUUGAUUUUAACCCAAAGUAUAUUUUUAUUUGCACCGGUGCGAGGACAAUUUGAGUCAGAUGCUAACAUAGAUUUACUGGGGGCCAUUGGUGUCCCAGGUGAAAAGAGGGGGGUAAGCUAUGCCAGCGGAAUGGAUGGUUACCCGGCCUUUGAAAUAAAAGACAGUGCUCACAUCAAGGAGCCUGCAAAAGCAUUUUUCAAAAACCAAAUUUUUAAAGACUUUGCAGUUGGCAUAACUAUAAAACCAAACAAAAGAACUGGUGGAUUUUUAUUCGCAGUGAAAAAUCUUUAUAACACUAUAGUACAGUUUGGCAUAGAAUUGACAACGAACAAAUUAAUUUUAUACUAUACUGCAGAUGUUCGGUUUGCACCAUCGUCUAAUCAGUUAGUGUCUUUUGACAUUGGAGAUUUUUAUAACAAGUGGACCAGAUUGUCUUUAAAAGUAGAAGGUGAUAAGGUGACGUUAUACAAAAAUUGUGCCAAAGUUGAAACUAAAACAGUAACAGGAAAAAAUGGACCGUUAGAUGUAGAAGAUGGAGCUAAUUUGUAUAUCGGACAAGGUGGAGACAAUUUCGACAAUACAUAUACAGGAGUCAUUCAGGAGCUGAAGAUUUAUGCAGAUCCAGCGGAGGCAGAGAAUUUUGAUUGUGAAGACCAGUUAUAUGGUAGUGGAUCUUCAGGUUCAGGGACAACAGAUGCACCAGAAAUUAUCCCACCUAUCAUAACUCCUCCCCCACCUUCAGUUAUCAAGGGAGAAAAGGGUGAGCGUGGGGAUAGGGGUUUUAAAGGAGAAAAGGGAGAUCAGGGAUUACCUGGCAAUGCCUCAGAACCUGCAGGUGCUGGACAGAAAGGUGAGAAGGGAGAACCUGGAUUGCAAGGUCCUAGGGGAGAUGUUGGUUUACCUGGUGCUGAUGGUGCAGAGGGACCUGCUGGUGAAAUAGGACUUCCAGGCAGGGAUGGAGAACCAGGCCAAAAGGGUGAACCAGGGGAAGCAGGCAGACCAGGAGUCCCAGGAAUUGGUGUACAGGGACCUAAAGGAGAUCCCGGGGCACCUGCUGUCAUCAACAUGAAGGAUAUCACAGAUUACAUUGAAACCCGACUUCCAGGGUCAGGAAGCAAUGGGGAGAAAGGAGAGAAGGGAGACAGAGGUGAAAAGGGGGAUAUGGGUCUGCGAGGGGAUACUGGACUUCCUGGGUUACCUGGUAGUGAUGGCUUGCUUGGACCAAUGGGACCCAAUGGUCUUAAGGGUGAACCAGGUGAAUCUAUAGAGGGACCUCAGGGACUUCCAGGAAAAGAUGGUCUCCCAGGACUGCCCGGUCAGAAAGGAGAACGAGGAGAACAAGGACUGCGUGGUCUCCCAGGAGCCCCAGGACUCCCAGGAAUUGCAGAGGGAUCUGGGCAGGUGGAUGGAGAGCCUGGCCUACCUGGUGCACCUGGAGUCCCAGGAGAGAAGGGAGAGAGGGGAGAAACUGGACCCCAGGGUCCUAAAGGAGAACCUGGUACAUUUGAUGGUGACAUCAAAGAUCUCAUUGGACCUGCAGGACCAAGGGGAGAGGCAGGAGACCCUGGACUUCCUGGAAUGCCAGGACCAGCUGGAAUACCGGGGAAAGAAGGUCCUGCUGGACCGCGAGGUCAAAAGGGGGAUAUGGGCGAACCAGGGACAGACGGACGAGAUGGACAGACAGGACCAGAGGGACCAACUGGUCCAGCUGGUGCUAUUGGACCCCGGGGACUGCCAGGUGCCCCUGGAGCCCCGGGGGUACCAGGUUUGCCUGGACUCCAAGGACCCCCUGGAACAUGUUCGUCUUCUCCCAUUCGUGGGGAUAUGACAGGGCUUGGUGAUGAUCUGGAAUUCUCUGGAUCUGGGGAUGGGUGUGGAGGAGACUGUACCUGUACUGGGACACCAGGACGAGAUGGAAUCAAUGGCACAAUGGGACCCAGAGGUUUACCUGGGCCCCCAGGAGCUAGAGGAGAGAAAGGAGAGAGGGGACUUCAAGGUCCAGAAGGAAAGGAGGGACCUGCAGGCAAAAGAGGGGAACCAGGUCCCACGGGAGAACCUGGACGUGUAGGGCCACAGGGGCCACAGGGUGAGACAGGUGCAAUGGGAUCCCCUGGUUUGCCAGGUGUAGCAGGUGAACCUGGCCUCCCAGGACUACAGGGACCAAAGGGUCAAAAGGGAGAGCAGGGUGUUGGUGUUGCAGGUAAAGAUGGAAAAGAUGGGGUAGAGGGAUCCCCAGGGCCUCCUGGACCCCCAGGACCUCCUGGACCAGCCAUCAGUGUAGUAGAGCCCGGGUCAGGGGGAGUAGAAGGUGUAGAUGGAUUACCUGGUCAAAAGGGAGAGAAGGGAGACACUGGUCUUCAGGGAGCACCUGGCACACCGGGAUUACCUGGUAAAGAUGGAGAAAAGGGUGACAAAGGUGAUAGGGGAGACAAGGGGUCCGUGGGAGACACUGGAAUUCAAGGACUUAUUGGUCCAAAAGGUGAUAGAGGUGACACAGGGCCUGUUGGACCAGCUGGACCUCCUGGACUACCGGGAGAUGGGGGAAGUGGAAAGCCUCUGGUGGGUCUGAAAGGAGAACCAGGGGUCCCAGGUCAACCAGGACUCCCAGGUCCAGUUGGACCACGUGGUCUUCCAGGCCGUAAAGGAGACAUUGGAAUGCCAGGAAUACCAGGCCGUAGAGGUUUCCGCGGAAGGAAAGGUGACAGAGGAUUUGGACCUCGAGGGUUCAAGGGAGAUAAGGGAGACAUUGGCCCUCCUGGUCCCCCUGGAACUGGUUUAGGUCCAAGUGGAGAAAUCAUUCGUGGAGCUAAGGGAGAUCGUGGAGAGAGAGGUUUACCAGGCAUUCCUGGAACAGGAGUACCAGGAGAAAGAGGUUUCCCUGGACAACCAGGCCCCAGUGGCUUCCCUGGACAACGGGGCCAGAAGGGUGACAAAGGUGAUCCAGGAAGAAAGGGAGAUCCUUCUUAUAUCCAGGGACCACCUGGCCCUCCUGGGCGCCCUGGAACUGGUGGAAAUGGGAAUGGCGGCGGACUUGUAACAUUUAAAGACUUUAACAACAUGCUGUAUGCGGCAAGAAAUCUUCCCAUUGGUACCAUGACUUUUACCCUAAAAGAGGAAGAAGUUUAUGUAAGAGUGACAGAGGGAUUUAAACAACUCCAGGGACGAUUGGUCAGGAUGAGCUCCAACAUCAUCAGACUUCCAUCAGAAAAGCUUACAGACAAAUCUACCACUACUGCUAGUUCAAUCACUAGUACCUCGCCUGCUUCUACACCCAAGCCCAUUCCUCUUCCUGGACCUGAUAGUGUGAUGCAGGCAGAUCAGCCCAGGUUGUACAUGUAUGCCCUGAAUUCUCCAAAAUCUGGAAAACUCCGAGGCUUGACUGGAGCUGACUAUGCUUGUUACAAGGAAGCUUACUACUCUGGAAUGCAUGGAAGAACUUUCAGGGCCUUCCUGGCUUCCAAGACUCAGAAUCUGUAUUCAAUUGUGUCUGACAAAAAUAUUCCGAUUGUCAACAAAAACGAUACAAUAAUCUUCAGUUCUUUCAAUGAGCUGUUAAAAACUGGAGGAAGAUUUAACAGAAAUGUCAAGAUCUACACAUUUGAUGGAGAGGAUGUAAUGUCAAGUCCAAAAUGGCCAGAGAAGAUGGUAUGGCAUGGUGCUGACAGCAAUGGAAACAAGAUGAACGACAAGGAAUGUUCAGACUGGCGAUCAGACAGCUCCAGCAGAGUAGGUUACGCAGGCUCUCUGCGAGAUGGAAAGUUAGUGGACAUGAAUGAGUUCAGCUGUAGGAAGCAACUUGUUGUGUUGUGUAUUGAGGUUUUACCAAAGACUCUGAAAAAACCUUACAAGUAAUAAGUGCCAUGUUUUUGUUGCUAUAAUUGUACAAUAUAUAUUUUUCAUUCUUAUAACCUUCUACAAUUUUUUUAAAAACCAUUUUAGCAUAUAUUUGUAAAGAAUUUAGCCACUUUCAUUUCUUCGGUCAGUAUUUUUAUGUGUGAAUUUAACUGAGAAAUUUUGAUUCUUUUAUUUUUAAUGUGGAUAUUAAUCCAACUAGAUAGCUGUGAUAUUACUUUGGAAGAAAUUUUAAUCACCCACCAAAGAAUGACAACAUUACAGAAUAUAUAUUAAUUAUUGUAUCAGAUUAAACAAUAAUGAUGUAGACAUUUUUUAUCUAAAUAGAAAAGUUAGAAUUUCUAGAUGUUUUUUUUUUCUUCUUAAGAAAUCAGUGGCCGUAGAUCCAAAUUGUUCUAUAGAAACGUUUUACACUGUUGUGUGCAUAUAGAAGUAGUUGAUUCCCAUAAUUUACCAACACCAAAUGAAUGUCCUCCGAUGACUCUAAACCAAUAAAAUAUUGUAGAUUAUUUAUGCCAGAUUACUUGUACAUGUACCAGUUCUGUGUCCUCAUCUAAUGUGUAUGAUGAUUGAUGAUUGCUGAAAAAAAUUUCAACCUUCAAAGCAUUUAUGGUAACUGUUACUAGCAUAUACUUAUUAAGUCAAAAUUGUACAAUUCGGUUAGGUUUACUUUUGCCGUAUAAAGAUAUCCAGAUGUUUCAUAAGUAUUGUAAAUAGAUAAGUUUUGUUGGCCUCGAGCUAUUUACUCCUGCACGUAACUUACAGUGUUUUUAAUAUCAUGCUUGAAAAUAUUGUACAUGCUUUGUUAUUUGAAUACCCAAAUUCCUGAACAAAAUACAUGGAAUAUGUAUUAAUAAAGCUAAGUUACUUCAAUAAAAAGAAAAUCAGUGCUUAAAUGCUCAAAAAGGUUGUAUUUUGUAUGAAAAUCACAUUUUGCAUUGAUUGUUUUACUCUACAAGUAUUCAGUAGUAUCCCAUAUAUCAUUCAUUGUAUUGUCAAAUAUGUAGACACAAUAUUGUGUGCCCUGGUCAAAUGCAGAAUGUUUGAGUUGUGUGGAAAAUUUGUUUGUUUUUUUUUGUUAUAUAAUAUAAUGGAUAAUCUUGGCUGCUGGAGAAAGUAGAUUAUAAGGAAGAUGAAAAUUAUACUGAACAAAGAAUAGAAUUAAUUGUAUUUAGAUUUGUUCUGAAACAUCUUCUUUUUUUUUAAUGAUUCAAAAAUUAAUGAACAAAAAUGAUUAUUGACAAAUAUUUGAGAGCUUUUUUAUUGAUUAAAUAUUUGUUGGGCAUUUAGUUGUUGUAAAUGUUUGUUUGAUUUUCAGACAUAUGCAUUUAGUUUUUAGAUGCUUUGUUUAUGAACAGUAUUGCAUUCUGAAAUUUUACAAUGUACCCUAUAUAUUACAAGCAUUAAAGUUGGUGUACUGUAUGUCAUACAAAAUUGUUUCAUUUUUGUUUAAAUGUAAAAUGCAAACAUAUGUAAGCUUUAUCUUCAUAUAUCCUAUGUCAAAAUGGUGAAAAGAAAUUUCUUCAAAAAUUUUAAUGACCAAUGAAAAUGUGCAUAACUUGUUAAAAAAGUAAUUUCAAAAUUUCUCAAAUAUGGAACAAGUACCUAAAUACUAUAAAGUUGCUUUAUAUAAUCAUAUAUUGCAAAUUGAACAAGGUAAAAAUACUAGUAGUUUGGAUUUGAAUUUAUAUUACCGGUAUGAAGUAUGUAAACAGAUUGAUACAUGUACUAUAUUUGUAAUUUUUUUUCUGUUGAAAGCCUAAAUUCUGUGCCAGUGACAUGUAUCUCCUGCUAAUCACUUCAUGACAAAUAUACAUAAUAAAAGCUUUUAAUAAUA